AUGGAGGGUCUGUUAUGUUUACUGUUGUAUCAGUAUCAAUCAGAUAAUAGAAAUAUGUCGAAUAAUUAUCGUGAUGAAGAGACGAAUUCAGACGGUCAUUUUGCAAAUGGUCGUGACGAGGAAUGCUUUUCUUCGCGAGAAUUAAAGAGCGAUGCAAAUGGUGAUAAAUGUAAUGAAAGAUUAAAGUGUUGUAUUGCUGAAUAUAAAAGUGAUGUGGAAUUAUAUGAGUGUUGUGAUCGACAUGCAUCACCAAUUUGGCUGAGUGAUAAACUGCGGCGGAUUUGUACUUUGAAACGAUUUCCGUUCGUCUAUAACACUGCUAGACGGCAUUAUUACGUAUGUUUGUAUCAUCGAAGACUGAUAGUGAACGAACCUGCAUUGGACACGAGGAACGAUUCGUUGAAAAAUCGUGAUCUGAGCGUUUAUGAGCAGUUGAGUGCAUUCGAUGAAGAUGAAUUGAUCGAGAUCGAUGAUGACCCAAUAAAUAAGCAGUCACUUAGAAAGAUGUCUGAUGCAAGUUCAACAGUGGAUGAUGCCAGCGACGAAAGUGUUCAAAUCAAAUAUCGCAAGUGUUCUAUCGGAAAGGAAGUUAAUGAUGAAUCAAUGGAAAUGCCAGUAACUGAGGAUACUGAUAAAGCAACUGGUGGAAUGAUAUCAUCGCAAGAGGAUAGAGUGAUGGUGAUUAGUGGAGAUAACGGCGAUGAUGUCGUUGAAUUGUCAACUGCAAAUGAAAAUAACACAUCGAAAUGUGAUGACAAUUUGCAGUCAUCAUCAUCAGCGAACACCGUUCAUAUUCCCUUCAACGCAUUGUCGGCUGCAUCACUUCGUCGCUAUAAAAAGCAUUUCAAAUUAAGUCAUAGAUCUGGUGCCAGUACUAAACAGCAGCUGCUGGACGGAGUUGCAGAACACUUUUCAACGUUACAAGUGCCGAUCACCGAGACGGCUGCAUGUCUCUUGUAUAUGAUACGUAUCAACAAUAAUAAGUUAGAUACGGCAGUAUCAAAUCAAAGCAGUUCAUUAUCACCUCGAAAUGAUACCUUAAUUCAUUCCAUUCAUCAUUUUCCUGAAACACCAAUUCGUUUUUAA